CUCUUCCAGGAUCUCAGGUUUGAGUGAGUCUCCGGUGUACGUACGUGUAUAUAUGUUACAUGUAACAUAUAUCGUAUAUCGCAUAGCUCUUAAUAUAUUUCCCCUCGCAACCGGCCAAAGGCUUUAAUAUGAGUUCCUCUCUAUGUGGAAGCAAAGAAAUCUUCUUUCAAGCGGAGCUACAGUUUUGCUGAAUAAUCACGUGUGAGUUAGGGGCGGGCUCUUGGCAAGGAGUUUCUUUACGAGUAUUUACUACAAGGUCUACUCCAGAAGAUUAACCAUCCCAAUCCUUCUGUCAGUCUCCGAUGCCAUGCCUGGUUAAAAAAAAAUCUCAUCUUUUUCUGAUCGUCAGUCACCCUAAAGAAUGGCCGAGCCUUCUGGGAACGAGCUGGCGUCCGCGGCUGCCAAGGGGGACCUAGUGCAACUCACUAAUUUGUUGCAAAAGAAUGUAAACGUCAAUGCACAAAAUGGAUUUGGGAGGACUGCGCUGCAGGUGAUGAAGCUCGGCAACCCCGAGAUCGCCCGCAGACUGCUGAUGAGCGGCGCGAACCCCAACCUGAAGGACAGUACCGGCUUCGCCGUCAUUCACGACGUAGCCAGAGCGGGUUUCCUGGACACUUUGCAGACCCUGCUGGAGUUCCACGCCGACGUGAACAUCGAGGACGCGGAAGGCAACCUGCCGCUGCACCUGGCGGCUCAGGAGGGCCACGUGCGGGUGGUGGAGUUCCUGCUGCGGCGCACCCCGAGCCGCGUGGCGCACCAGAACCGCCGCGGCGACACGGCGCUGGACCUGGCCCGGCUGUACCGGCGCAGCGCCGUGGUGCAGCUGAUGGAGGGCGGCCCUCCGCCCGCAGCCGACGCCAACUGAACCGGACCCUCUUGGACCUUGCGGCUCCCAGCCUCAUUCUUUUAUUAUUUUCUUUUUUUUUCCCCUCCUUUUUAAUAACUUUUGGUUCAACCCUACUUCUAUUUUUUUUUUUUUUUGGUUGUUGUUGUUGUUAUAUUUUUUGAAUAGUCGAUAGCGUGAGUUCGAGAAGUUGUAGAGGUGGGGUUUUAGCUGAGGAACAUGAUUUCAGUGCACGGUGGCGGCACGUUGCUGCCGCUCACGGCACUCCUUACCCCGCCGUGCCUACGCCGCUGCUCGCACCGGGAUUCCAGCAUCAGGCUCUGCAAUGCAUCCCUGCUCAUUACUCAGCCAUUAACCCAAACACUGCGUAUCCAUCGCUUAAUGUUCCCUUUCCGCUCCGGUGAAAGGAAACAACCCGCGGGGAUUCUUCCCCCUCUUCCCCAUGCGUCCCGUCACCCCCCCGGCUCAGCCCGACGCGUGUUGGGGUCGGGUGGGGACCGGGAGCGGCCCGGCCGGGGGUCACCGGGCCCGGGAAAGCCGCUUCGGGCAGCUGCCUCAGUUUGACACUAACAGGAGCUCGUAGGAGUAGGUCGCUCGCUUUCUAAAUGUAGAUGACACUUUUCCACUUUGUGUAUUUAAACUUUCACCGAGCUGCCUUUGAGUUUAGUUACCAGAAACAACAUAAGUGGUUUUUUUUUUUUUUUUUUUUUUUUUUUUUUUUUUUUUUUUGGCCAGAGGUUUCGAAGAGCUCGGUUGGGCACCCCGCGCCGAAAAGUACAUUAUUUUCCAGUUUCAAAAUAGCAGAUAACCAUGGUCAGAGGUAGGAGCGUGAGGGGGCUGCAAUACUACAGCUCCUCCCGUCCCUGCCUGAGCUGAGUGUCGUUUCGAUGCUCGCUUUUGUUUUGUCUGGGGAAAAAAAAUAAAAAGGGAUGAUAGCUGGAUCUUAAAGGUAUUUGGAUGCAAUGGAAUUUGGGAAGCAACACGUUAGGUACCCGUGAGGUUGUCUUAAUGCCUUCACCUGACGAACAGUGUAAUUCCGGAACUGUUUUCCUUCCAGAACAGCCGUUAGGUUCCUACGGCCGAACCGCCGGGGCCGCAGGGAGCAGCGGGAGGGGCGGCGGAUGGGAACCUCAGCGUGCUCUGCGCUGCGGGUCCGACUGUCGGUGGCACAGGAUGGGAAGGGCUCAUAUCAGUGUGAAAGGAAAGACUGGCUACAAAAUAGCACAAAAAAGACAACCUUGCUUUACAUUUUCUUUCUAAAAACAAAACAAAACGCAUAUACACGGUCCAGCAAAAUGAGUUACCAUUGUUUUCCAGUAUCAGUAAUUGCCUGGACCUGUCCAUCCCGUCGCUGUACUCUCACAACCACUGUGUUCUGCGUUCUCUGAUUAAAAACCUCUGUGUACCGCAA